CACCAGCCUAACCGCCACCACCUACCCACCCCAAACCGAGGAUGAAAGAAGGACCAAAUAUUGUAUAGCGAGAUAGGUGCAGAUCAUUGGAUGGGCGUUCAUAAAGACCAAUAGUGAAGCCUGCAUCAGCCCCGAGACGAAAUCUAUAUUUGUAAAUAUUAUGGGACAGCAUCUACAUAAACAUAUUGACGGAUCAUGAUUUAAUUAGCACCAUAAAGCUUUCUAUCUCGGACCAUGGAAUGUUCUUUGUCACGGACCUCAGACGCUUUUGCUGAUAUCAUGGACAAUUGAGGUGCUUCGUUGCAUGAUAUAGUAAUGUUUUAAUGAGUGAGCUGUCGUUGGUGGGAUUGUGCUGCAGAAGAUCAAAGCGUAGGCUACUAGGUUUAUGGAUUCGGGCACUCACACAGGGAGGCCUGAUGGAAGCUGCGACACAUUUGGAUAUGACACAGUAAACUUCAAGUAAAGGAUAGUCCUGAAUGCGCGAAUGAAAUUGUGUCGAUAUAUUGCAAUAGUAGAACAAUAAUGGAUGUUUUUUGUAAUGUGGUACAUAGCAUAGUGACUAAGCUUAAGAUGUAAUGCGAAGCCUGCACGAUUUUGAUAUCGGAGCUGACUAUAUAUUUCGGCGCUUUACUGGAAACGGAAACAUCUGGAUCAUCUUUGAUCUUUGACUCAACAUAACGGUGAGAGUAGUUAACCAAAGACUAGUUAUCUCUCUUAUGCUUUGGCUUGGGGGAAUUCAAUAACGCAGGCCUAAUGCCUUCUCUUCCUUUUACUUAAACUGAGUAACGUUAUUACGUUUUAAUCUUAAAAAGAGGGCAAGUAGUGUGCGUUUGGGCUUUGCGCUCCUCAGGAAUCCUGUGUGUUGUGUGAUUGGCCAACAUCAACAUGCCAACCUCACGGUCUGGUGCCAGCUCUGUGGAAUACUGGGUAGAUGGCUCGCGCCGAGAUGUCUCCAUAGAUGAGUUUUACACCAUGGGCCCAGAACUGGGAAGGGGGGCCACGUCAGUGGUGUUUCGCACUGAGGAGAAGCAGACACAGAAGCCCUAUGCUGCAAAGGUCCUCAAGAAGACUAUCGACAAGAAAAUAGUGCGGACUGAAAUUGGUGUUCUGCUGCGACUUUCCCACCCGAAUAUUAUCCGCCUGAAGGAGAUCUUUGAGACAGAGACAGACAUCGCCCUCAUCUUGGAGCUGGUAACCGGAGGGGAACUCUUUGACAGGAUCGUGGAGAGAGGGUACUACAGUGAGAGAGAUGCUGCCCAUGUCAUCAAGCAGAUUCUGGAGGCAGUGGCAUAUUUACAUGAGAAUGGGGUGGUGCAUCGUGACCUGAAACCGGAAAACCUUCUCUACGCUGACCUCUCCUUGGACGCUCGGCUUAAGAUAGCUGACUUUGGCCUCUCGAAGAUAAUAGAUGAGCAAGUGACCAUGAAGACAGUGUGUGGCACGCCUGGAUACUGCGCUCCAGAGAUCCUCAGAGGCAAUGCCUAUGGCCCUGAAGUGGACAUGUGGUCUGUGGGAGUCAUCCUGUACAUCUUGCUGUGUGGGUUCGAACCAUUCUUCGAUCCGAGGGGAGACCAGUAUAUGUAUAGCCGCAUCCUCAACUGCGACUAUGAGUUUGUCUCCCCCUGGUGGGAUGAGGUCUCCCUCAACGCUAAGGACUUGGUCAGUAAGCUGAUAGUGCAGGACCCUCACAAGAGGCUGACAGUGAAGGAGGCCCUGGAGCACCCCUGGGUACUGGGCAAGGCUGCCCGCUUCUCCCACAUGGACACCACUCAAAGGAAGCUACAGGAGUUCAACGCUCGGCGCAAACUCAAGGCUAUCAUGAAGGCCGUGGUGGCCACCAGCCGCAUGCACGAGGGCUCCCGGCGGCGCACGGACAGCUGCGAUAUGCCCGGCUCCGACAAGACCACCUCCAGGCAGAGCAGCAUGCAGCAGGACCCUCCCCCAGAUCAGGACCCCCAGGAGGGCCAGGCCAACCAGGGCACAGACACCACCCUGACCCAGGAUGAUGAGGACCAGUGCCCCCCGCCCCUGCCGCCACGCAACCCCAGACCCACCCCUCCUCUACUGGCUGGGGCUUCCUCCCCCACCUGUCUGCCCACCAGGCCCCCACUAAGGGGAGUUGAUGGGCAGAGACAGAUGUCGGUCAUCCCCAAGACGGCCGUGGUACGGCCCAGGGUGCCCAAGAAGAGCUGCUCCUCGGUGGACUCUGCCUCCACCAAGCGGGAGACCUCCUCCCCGGUCCAGACCACUCCCCCAAGCCCCAAGAGCCUCGGCAAUGGAUUCGCCAUCGGGGUGGAGUCUGGCAGCAAAACGGCCCAGUGUUAGUGAGUAGCAGGUACCAAAGAGAAAGAGGGUGGCGACACUCACCUAGGAGCUCCUACUGUAGUCCUAAAAUGGCUGAUGCCGUUGUUGCUGUAGUGAGAGAUGAUAGAUGACAACAUGGAGGAGGACGGAUGGAGGAACGGAUGUCUUUGUUCAGAUCUCGCCUCAUAUCCGUUUUGAGCCGGGACAAAAGACUAGUACUAUACAUAACUUGAUAUUUAUUUUUCCUUGCUGUACGCAACGAGUUUGGAGACUCAUAAUGAAUUUGCAAAUGAGCUUUUAACUUUGGUUUCAACUGUUGCCAACUUGCUGUAACUUCUCGACUUUAAGGCCUCUCUGAACGGUACUUACUGUUCUUCAAAGGCCACUUGAAAAGACAACUGGAUUUCGUACUUUGUAUACUCUACACCUUUCUACUAUUCAAUGUUGGAAUCUACUGACUUCAUAUGCAAAUACGUGGAUAUAUAUACACAUAACCCUCUCCUUCUUGCAUAGCAUUCAGGUAGUAAAUAUAUUGUAUUUGUGAGCUUAUGAAUAUAGUUAUAUGUAUUUUGCAAUAAUUGUAAUGGUGAUCUAAUGUUUGCACUGUAUAUUAUUAUAUUAAUCUAUACAGAUCACAAAAAAGCAUUCACACUGCUAAUUGUUUACUAUCUAAGUCAAACUGCACUUUUAUUCCUUUGGGAAAAUAUAUGGCUAUAGUGCUGAAGCUUGUUUGAGGCUGAAACCAAUUUUCUCAUUCAGUUGUUUACCCAAACAGUGGUUGUAAAACCUAAUUCUGUGGUAGUUAUCUGAUGAAGGAACAUACAUCGUAAUCAUCUCAUCAACCUCACUGGAGCUACCACUGUCUACCUCUUUUUGUACAGGGGCUUCCAACCCAGUAAUAGCUAAAUCUGUAAAGAAACGAUUGGAUGAGGUGAGUGAGGUACUGUAUCAGGCGAAGCAGAGCCUUUCUGCAACAUUAGAAUGAUAUUGUCAGUGCCAGGUAAAAACCUGAAAGGUGAAUCUUUUCUCGAUGGAACUCAAAUAACGGAUCAAAUGAAAGGGUCUAAUUAAAAUAGUCAAUUUCAAGGGCCAACCUUCACCUGCUAACAUGUAUUCUCACUAAUGCUUUCAUUGCCAAAUAGUAAGAAGCCUUGCAUUAUAUUGAUGACAUGUUAACGUGUAUAAAGCAUUUAUUUACACCUAUGAAAUGAUGUAUAAAGUAUGGAUAUUUUACUUAUAAUUAUUAUUGCUUACAAAUGCUUUAUUUUGGGG